GUGGACAGUUCAAAAAGUUCAAAUGGAAAGCAACACACUCAAAAAAAUGCAGAGAUAUAUUUAAACAUUUAGAUUUGUCUUUCCUUAAAGGGCAAGAAGUUUUUUUUUUUUUUUACUAAUAGUAAGACCUUGACGCAAACUGACGUUGCGCCGAUUUGUCCCUCAGUUUUUGAAGAUGCGCCGUGAACUAAGAGGAAGGAUGGUGUUGACCCUGACCAGGACAUUUAAUCUGAUUACAGGACUGGUUAUUGUUUUCCAGUUUCAACUGAGCUUCAUGAAGCUGAAGUCAGUUUACGUUUCUCUCUUUACAGUCCACCCUGCUGAAGUUGCAACCAAACAAAAGACCUAUGUCAUCAAACUCAUCAUCACACCACUCAUUGGUCUCUCUGAUUCAUCAGGACUCUACCGUACGGACUUUCAAGAGCUGUCUCCUUCUGAGGCACAGUCUUAUGUCGUACAAGAGGACAACAAGACCAUCGAGAGGAGGAUGGAGCCCAGGUCUGGUGCCCCGGGCUUGACUCCAGAUAAGGGAGGCCUCUACAGAGACCAGCACAAACCAGAGGAGGCAGAUCCAGACCUGCUGAUGGAGGAGGGACACGAGAAUUCAACACGGAUCAUGCAGGACGUUGAUCAUGCCUACUACACAUCUAAAAUCUACAGCCCUGCAGACAUGGCCAGUAAAGAGAUGUGGGUAAACAUCGAUGAAGUGAAAGAGGAGGAGUGGAAACUGUUUGGCUUCCUGUCCAGCACCCACAGACAGGCUGAGAGAGUGAAUCUUUCCUUCGAUUUCCCUUUUUAUGGUCACAUGCUGAGAGAAAUCACAGUGGCAACUGGAGGUUUUAUUUACACUGGAGAUGUUAUCCACCAAAUGCUAACAGCCACUCAGUACAUCGCUCCUCUAAUGGCCAACUUUGACCCAAGUCUGUCCAAAAACUCCUCAGUGUCCUACUUUGAUAACGGCACUGCUUUGCUGGUUCAGUGGAACCAAGUUCACAUCCAGGACAAGAUCAGUCUGGGAUCUUUCACUUUCCAGGCUGUUCUGCACAGUGACGGCCGCAUCAUGUUCACAUACAAAGAGAUUCCCAUAGACAUCAGGGAAAUCAGCGGUGAGAACCAUCCCGUCAAAGUGGGUCUGUCCGAUGCUUUUGUGGUGCUUCAUGAGAUGGAGCAGAUCCCCAAUGUUCGAAGAAGAACCAUAUAUGAGUAUCACAAAGUUGAAAUUCUGAAGUCGAAAAUCUCAAACUCUUCAGCUGUGGAGAUUUUUCCACUUCCAACAUGUCUGCAGUUCUCCAGCUGCAGUCCAUGUGUCACUUCUCAGAUCGGCUUUAACUGCAGCUGGUGCAACCGGCUACAAAGAUGCUCCAGUGGAUUCGAUCGUUACCGGCAGGACUGGGUCGACCUUGGCUGCCAUGAAGAGAGAAAAGAUCUCCGAUGUGUCAGAAUGACAGACCUCACAAAUGCAACAUCUCAUCACCUCACACAGUCAACCACUCCUGCGAUAACCACCACAAUGCAGCGCAGGACCUCCAGCAUGACCUCCGCACCUUACAGCAAGACUUCCAGUUUCACCAACCCCCAAGUAUACAGCAGCAUGAGCAGAAUCAAAUCCUCUCAACAGUCUCCUACCAGCAAUCCUGCUGAAGGAGACCAGGAGAUCACAGCAGAGGGUAAUGAGCGGCUGCAAGUUGGUCUCCUUGCAGGCAUCAUCCUGGCUAUGGUCAUCAUUGCAGCGGCUGUCCUCACAUCUGUUUACAUGUACAACAACCCGACGGCCAGCGUCAGCCUCUUCUUCAUUGAGCGGCGGCCCACCCGUUGGCCAGUUCUGAAGUUCAGGAGGGGCUCAGGUCACCCUUCGUACGCCGAGGUGGAGGCUCCCUGUCAGGACAGAGACAUCAUGGUGGUCAUUGACCCCAAACAGUCUUUUAUCAUAUCAGACAGAAGAGAGAGUGAGCAGAAGGAAGGAUUCAUAGUUCCUGAUCAGAGGGAGCGCUUUCUGGUUUCAGAGAGCUCCUGACAAACACUACAUAUCCCAGGAGGCUUUGGGACAGAGCUGAAUUUCUAUGGGAGGAAUGAUUCCUUCCUGAAAAGCUGUGACUUCUUAUUUCUAAUCAGCUGCUGCUCAGUUUCAUUGAAAGGACAGAGCGUCCAGAGAGGAAAACCUCCGUGAGGAAUCUGUGACUACAAGAGGUUUGAGUGUGUUAGACGAGUAACUCUACUGUAACUACCUUUUCCUUUGCUCAGGUCACUUGUUCAUGUUUACCCCUGAGCGUUUGCGUAGAUGGCUGUCAUUUUCCAGAGUGGUUUAUGUGUUGUUCCCACAACUUCUUCACAAGGGGGAAUGUCAUAUUCAGGUGUCAUUUCCUCAUCUGAAAAAUACAGACUAAAUUCCUCA